AUGAUAUUUAUAAGUAGAGAAUUUUAGAAUGAAUUCAUUUUGAAUAACAUAUUAUUAUUAAUGCAAAGAAUUACGAUUGAAAAUUUCUAUUAAUUGAAAUUACAAUAAAUUUUGUUAUAGUUUUUGCCAAAUUAAUUCACAGGUGUAAAUUCGACUAAUUUGAUCAUAGAUUUCGAUAGAGGUUUAUUGUGA